AUGACAGACGUUUUCGGCAUCAACGCAUUUGGCGUGGAUGGCGAUGCCACGCUCACCGGCGACAACGCCUUGCGCCGCAUCAUCAAGAACUUUCAGUCCUACAGCGACAAGUUGUACGCGGAAGUGAAACAGUUACAAGAAAAAUUUGGUGAAUUGGACACGACCGUAAUUGGUGAUGCUCCGUUUUUGAAUGCAUUAAUAAAAGAGACUCUUCGAUUUUAUCCUCCAAUUGGUUGGCUGGACAGAGUCUGCUCAAAAGACUACAAAAUUGAUGACAAGCUGACGAUUCCUGCUGGCACUCCAGUUUACGUAAAUGGCGUAGGCAUGCAGAUGGAUCCAAAAUAUUAUCCAGAUCCGGAAAAAUUUCAUCCAGACAGAUUUAUGCCAGAAAAUGAACAGAAUAUAGCACCUUUUACGUACAUGCCGUUUGGUGAAGGUCCUAGAGUUUGUAUUGGUAAAAGAUUCGCCGAAGUGAGUUCGCGAGCAGCCUUGGCAGCGUUGACCCUGAACUUCAAGUACCGUCCGCUGCCAGACGCCAAAAUCGAACUUGAAAAGAAUGCAUUGUUCCUUAAGACUGGGGAAAUCUUACACUUAAAAUAUAUCCAGAUCAGACUGGGUUUUUACGAUUGCAAAUGGUCUGUAAAGAGACCGAGACGUUGGUUUGUUUGA